AUGGCGAAGAAGGCCAAGGGUGUGGCUGCGGGGAGCGGAGGAGGAGGCGUGCCCUCCCCGGAGAAGAGGAAGGGGAAACAGGGCAACAGCAAGGGGGGUGCUGCUGCAGGCAAGAAGCCGAAGUGGAACGGGGUGGCGGCGGAGGAAGAGGCUGUUGUCGCUGCUGCAGAUGUAGCAGCAGCUGCUCCCGCUCCGAAGACCAGCAAAUCGUCGGCGACAGCGAACGGGGGAGCCGGGCCGGCGGCAUCAUCGACCAGGGGCAAGACGAAGCCGACGAAAGCAGCAAACGCAGUAAACGGGCAGGCAGCAGCAGCAGCAGCAGCGUCGGCGCCGACAAGCCCCGACAAGCCGAAAGCGAAAAAGAAGAAGAACAAGACGCCCAAGAAGCAGCAGCGGCAGGACGACGACACCGCCGUUGCUGCUGCGCCACCGGCCGGAGCCGUUGCCGCUGCGCCGGCGGCGGCACCAGCUCCCGGCAAAGCAUCGAGUGCGGCUAAGGACAAGAAGGUUAAGGGCUCUAGCGCUCCCAAGGCAUCGACAGAGGCGGCUGUCGCCAAUGGGGCCGGCAGCAGCAACACCGCCGUUGCUGCGGCACCGGCCGGAGCGGGCACCGAACCGUCACCGCCGGCGGAGGCGCCCGGCAAAGCAUCGACUGCGGCUAAAGGCAAGAAGGGUAAAGGCUCUGGUGCUCCCAAGGUAUCGAAAGAGACGGCUGUCGCAAAUGAGGGCGGCAGCAGCAACGGCGGCGUCAAGCAGGGGAAGCAGACCAAGAAGGCCAGCAAGCAAGUGACCCCGUCGCCGCCACCUGCAGCAGCCUCCUCCUCCUCAUCUUCCUCUGCCUCCGAUGGUGGCGGCUCGGCUUCGGACGGCAGCGGUAGCGACGACGAUAGUGGCGACGACGGCGAGGAGAAGCAAGCGCCGGCGGCCUCCAAGAAGGCCGGCGGCACGAAAGCUGCGACCGCAGAUACCACCGACACGGACGAGGAGAUCACCAGAGACACUAAGAAAAGCAAGUCGUCUGGUGUGCAACCUCAAGCCCCCCCUCCCAAGCCGGCGGCGCCGGUGCAAGAGGUCCGCCCGCGGGCGUCUUGCGCCAAGUGCAAGGGCAAGGAGCAAGACCAGGACCAGAACCUGCUCAUCUUCUGCGCCGCGUGCGACAGGGGUUUCCACACCAGGUGCCUGGACAAGAAAAAGAGCAAGGAUGUCGUGCAUUGGGUCUGCCAGGAGUGCUUCGAUAAGACCAAGUCGGUCUACGAGAGCAUUUGCUCGGAGUGCGGCCUAGCGGCCGGGCGCAAGUGCGCCCUUUGCUCGGCGUGCGGCGGGGCCUUCCAUCCGCAGUGCCUUGAGCCGCCGCUCCAGCACCGCCCCCCCGGGAGCACGCCCGGCGCGCUCCACGGCAAGAACACCUGGGUGUGCUUCCACUGCGAGUGCGCCAUUCCGGUAGUGGUCCCGGCCGGCGAGGACGACCCGGACGCGAUGGCUGCGCUCAAGUGGUCCGCCGGCAGUGGGUUCGGCAAGCCUGCCUUCGAGGGGAAGCUGCGGACGUUCUGGGAGGCGGAGCACGCGAGGGCCGCUCGGGCGCAUGAGGAGAGCAUGCGCAGGAGGCGGGAGCGGCUGGAGGAGGAGAAGAAGAUCGCGGAGAAAGAUGCGGCCUACGAAGCGGCGGUGCAGACGGGCAUCGUGGUGCCGACGAAAGACCCUCCCACCGACGCGCUGGCAAGGGCGACCCUCAAGCGACCGGACGGGUCGGCGCUGCUGCUCAUGCACGAAGCCAUCGGAAACCUAGUUCAGGCCAACGGUGCCCUUUGUCAGAUGAUCGCCUGGGAGAAGGCCAAGGUAAAAGCGCUCCGGGAGCAGGUCCGCAGCCUCGGGGGUAACCCGGACGUGCGCGCGCGGGCGACGGCGGCGGCGGCGGCGGCGGGGCAGAAGGCGGGUCGCCGUGAUGGGGGCGGCGAAGGCGACGGCCAAGGGGCGGGCAAGAAGGGUAAGGGGGCUGUGGCUGUGCCCGCGGCGGGCGGUGUUGUCUCCAAGGCCGGCGGCAGCAGCCCGUCUGCCGCUGGUGGCGGCGGUAGUGCGGGUAAGUCUCUCGGCGGGGGUAGCGGCAGCGGCGGCGGUAACGGCAGCCGUUUGGUGGUGGCAAAGACAAAGAGGGCUCCGGUGAAGGCGGCGGGAUCGGCGGCGGUGGCGGCGGCGGCGGUGGAGCCGAAGGCAGGGGCGCCAAAGGGCAAAGGCAAGAAGAAAGUGAACGCUGCCGUCGCCGCCGCCGCUGCUGCUGCCGCCGAGACCGAACAGGAGGAGGAAGAUGAAGACUCCAGCACGGAUACGGGGGAGGGGGGGGAAGGGAGUUCCAGCGACGAGGAAGGGGGGGAAGCAGAAGGCUCUACGCAGAUCGACGAGGGGCAAGAGGAAGAAUCUGAUGACGGCGACGACGUCGACGACGACGACGACGACGACGAAGAUGAUGCCAAGACCACCUCUUCUUCCGGGGCCUCCGCCGCUCGCGCUCCGUCGCCCGCGGUAGCGGAGGACGACGAGGACGACAACAGCAGCAGCAGCGGCAGCAGCGACGAAGGUGAUGCCGAUGAGGCUUUGAGGGACUUGGCACGGCGGCCGGCCGUCGCCGCCUCCGCUUCCGUGGGAGCGGAGGGGGAAAGCUCUAGCGACGACAGCUCUGACACGGACAGCGAGUGAUCGCCGCUAUCUACCAGCUUCUUGCCAAUGUGACCCUUGGUUGUUGCACCUCGGGACUAGUAUUGAAACGGGUGGUUGUUCGAGGUUUGGAGCCGAGCCGACCAGCAGCAGUCGCCUGUGAUUAUUUUUGCCUCUAGAGGCGCGCCGUAUAAUAACGGAAGGGGGGCCUCCUAUUGGGCAAUGGCUUCGUUUCGGAUGAUGUUUCCUGAGGACACCGUUACUUUACCAUGGCUGUCAUCAGAUUUCUCAGCCUUGACCCUGAGUUUAUUGUUGGCUUGCAAGAGUAGAGAAGAAUUGUGCAUACGUAUACCCGGUAUGAUGUUUACGUGGUGAGUGGUGAAGUCAUCUCCCAGUUUGUUGUAUACGGAUGGGGUUGAGUCUGUUGCUAAGUUUGAACACUGUCAGGAUGAGGGCAUGUCCGCCCCACUCCUCUUGUUGUAUUCCGAUAACACAUAGGUAAGAGAAAUGCAGAAGAGCACAGUCUUACCGAAUA